AAGCUCAACAGCUCAGCUCGAAGAACAACUCACAUCAACAAGCAACAACUACCAGGCAAGAUUUACCUUCCGCAACCUCAUGCCCCAAUCUCUUCCAGGCUUGGGACAAAGAGAUAUCAACGGGUUGAGCCCCUAAUCAGCGUAUUCUUUGGAUGUGGCUUUUCAUCAAACACCCUUCAGAGUAUGAGCUCCAUAGUGGUCUAACUUGGCGCACCUCGAUUUCUAGAAUUCAAUUAUCCCCUUUAUCCUUUCCUCGAGAAGGAUAAAAUAAAGAGAAAAGUGGCAUCCAUGUCACAGCCAUGGGAUUACAUUGCUAAACUUGUCUGUAUUGGUGAUUCUGGAACUGGAAAGUCCAGCCUUACCAUUCGACUGUGCGAGGGGCGCUUCUCUUCAACGCACGAUGUUACCAUCGGCGUGGAGUUUGGAUCGCGGAUCGUUCCUGUGGGCCCACCGGCGUCGCGAGAUCUGGAAAUAGAUCCUCAAAUAAACCUCCCUAAGAAACUCUCUUCCGACCUACACCCCUCCUCCCUAGAGCCAGUAGAUGGCUUAAGGGAGCCUGUCGCUUCUGGGCUGCCCAGCCCCCCUCGAAAGACACAGGAAAUCCAGAAGAAGAUGAAGCUAUCCCUCUGGGAUACUGCUGGGCAAGAGACAUACAAGUCCAUAACCCGGUCCUAUUUCCGUGGGGCUUCCGGUGCCCUUCUUGUUUUUGAUAUUACUCGACCGUCCACAUUUGUGUCCUGUACCCAGUGGCUUCAGGAUCUGCGACAGAUUGCGGAGGAAGGUAUUGUGGUUAUUCUGGUUGGAAACAAAAGCGAUUUGGUAGGAGACGGUUCGGAAUCUAACCAGAGACGGGUUACAACCCAAGAGGCGGAGGAAUGGUGCCGCAUGAAUAAUGUUGUGCGCUACCUUGAGACAAGUGCGAAAUCAGGCGAAGGAGUGGAACGUGCAUUCCUUGAAGUUGCGGAGAGAAUUUAUCGCAACAUUGAGGCCGGCAAGUAUGAUUUGAAUGACCGACGAAGCGGGGUGAAGAGCUUUGGUGCCACUGGGGGAACGAACGCCAAAAUGCCCAAGACCGUUACUUUGGGGAUGAAUGACGCAGAUAACUGGUCCCAGAGCCGCUGCUGCUAAAUUCUAUUGUACAAAAGGGGGAGGGGGAACAGCUUUGAGUGUAAUAAUGUCUUUUUAAUUUAAAUCCUAAUAGGAGCUUCUACCCGGGCAGAGAGAGGUCCAUCACAAAAUAGAC